GACCUGCAGGCAGUGGCGGCAGUGGCAGGAGCCACCUCUCCGACUCCCUAGGAUGCGGGUGCUGAGCUAUGGCAAAGGGCAGCGAAGUGACGAGCGAGACACGCGCACGACUGUGAAAGCCACCUGGAGCCACCUUGCCGGGAUUGUACCUGCGGGCAGAAAGUCCUCCUACGACCGUCUUUUCCCCUAGUGGCACCAGUGUCCCUGUAGCCAUUCAGCCAGGUGUUGAGAAGACAUGUAGUAGCUGAUCACCCUUCCCUCUGACAACAUCUUCAGAGUCAGUUUUGGAGAUGCUUUCACCCUGUCCGUCUUCUGCAGCAGCCGGGCAGAGUGCCAACUCCUUUGCAGUAGCGAGGAACUCUUCAGGCUCCAGAAGCUCUUAAAUCUGAUCUACAAUGGAAAAAUUCCUUUUUUACCUGUUUUUCAUUGGCAUCGCAGUGAGAGCUCAGAUCUGUCCAAAACGUUGUGUCUGUCAGAUUUUGUCUCCUAAUCUUGCAACCCUUUGUGCCAAGAAAGGGCUUCUAUUUGUUCCGCCAAACAUUGACAGAAGAACUGUGGAACUGCGGUUGGCAGACAAUUUUGUUACAAAUAUCAAAAGGAAAGAUUUUGCUAACAUGACCAGUUUGGUAGACCUGACUCUAUCCAGGAAUACAAUAAGUUUUAUUACACCUCAUGCUUUUGCUGAUCUACGCAAUUUGAGGGCUUUGCAUUUGAAUAGCAACAGAUUGACUAAAAUUACAAAUGAUAUGUUCAGUGGGCUUUCCAAUCUCCAUCAUUUGAUACUGAACAACAAUCAGCUGACUUUAAUUUCUUCUACCGCUUUUGAUGAUGUCUUUGCUCUGGAGGAGCUGGAUCUCUCCUACAACAAUCUGGAAACAAUUCCUUGGGAUGCUGUUGAGAAAAUGGUUAGCUUACAUACCCUUAGUUUGGAUCACAAUAUGAUUGAUAACAUUCCUAAGGGAACUUUCUCCCACUUGCACAAGAUGACUCGGCUAGAUGUAACAUCAAACAAAUUGCAGAAGCUACCACCUGAUCCCCUCUUCCAGAGAGCCCAGGUACUAGCAACCUCAGGAAUCAUCAGCCCAUCUACUUUUGCAUUGAGUUUUGGUGGAAACCCCUUGCAUUGCAACUGUGAGUUGCUGUGGCUGAGGCGUCUGUCCAGAGAAGAUGACCUAGAGACCUGUGCUUCUCCUGCACUUUUAACUGGUCGCUAUUUUUGGUCAAUCCCUGAGGAAGAGUUUCUGUGUGAGCCUCCACUCAUUACUCGUCAUACACACGAGAUGCGAGUCCUGGAGGGUCAAAGGGCCACAUUGAGGUGCAAAGCAAGAGGAGACCCUGAGCCUGCAAUUCACUGGAUUUCUCCCGAAGGCAAGCUUAUUUCCAAUGCUACGAGGUCUCUGGUGUACGAUAAUGGAACCCUCGACAUUCUGAUAACAACUGUGAAGGAUACAGGUGCUUUUACCUGUAUUGCUUCUAAUCCCGCAGGAGAAGCAACACAAACAGUGGAUCUGCAUAUAAUUAAGCUCCCUCACCUACUCAACAGUACCAACCACAUCCAUGAGCCCGAUCCUGGUUCUUCAGAUAUCUCAACUUCUACCAAGUCGGGUUCUAAUGCAAGCAGCAGCAACGGUGAUACUAAAAUAAGUCAAGAUAAAAUUCUGGUGGUAGAAGCAACUUCGUCUACAGCAUUACUCAAAUUUAAUUUUCAAAGAAAUAUUCCAGGAAUACGAAUGUUUCAAAUCCAGUACAAUGGUACUUAUGAUGACACCCUUGUUUACAGAAUGAUACCUCCCACGAGCAAAACUUUCCUGGUCAAUAACCUGGCUGCUGGAACUAUGUAUGACUUAUGUGUCUUGGCCAUAUACGACGAUGGCAUCACGUCCCUCACUGCUACAAGAGUUGUGGGAUGCAUCCAGUUCACCACGGAGCAGGAUUAUGUGCGGUGCCAUUUCAUGCAGUCCCAGUUUCUGGGAGGCACCAUGAUUAUAAUUAUUGGUGGAAUAAUUGUAGCAUCUGUGCUGGUUUUCAUCAUUAUUCUCAUGAUCCGGUAUAAGGUUUGUAACCAUAAUGGGCAACACAAAGUCACCAAGGUGAGCAAUGUUUAUUCUCAAACUAACGGGGCUCAAAUACAAGGUUGCAGUGUCACGCUGCCCCAGUCCAUGUCCAAGCAAGCUGUGGGGCAUGAAGACAAUGCCCAGUGUUGUAAAAUUGCCAAUGACAAUGUGAUUCAAUCUUCAGAAACUUGUUCGGGUCAAGACUCUUCUACCACUACCUCUGCUUUGCCUCCUACCUGGACUUCAAGCACGUCUGUGUCCCAAAAGCAGAAAAGAAAGACUGGCACCAAGCCAAGUACUGAACCACAGAAUGAAGCUAUCACAAAUGUCGAGUCCCAAAACACUAACAGGAACAACUCAACUGCCUUGCAGUUAGCUAGCCGUCCUCCUGAUUCAGUCACAGAGGGACCUGCAUCUAAAAGAGCACACACCAAGCCAAAGGCUGGAGUUAAUCUGAAGAGCACCACUUCUCUCUCUCCUGAAAACAGUUGCCACUGA